AUGGCAAGAGUCACCAGCGAACUCCUGUCGCUGCAAACGCUUCACUAUGUCGGCCCAGUGUGCGUACUGCUGUACUUCAGCCUCGCGAAAACCGCUGCAACUUGCUUUCUUCAUCGACCUUCAAAGGGCACAACAGUUGCUACCAGAAGAUAUGUCGCCCUGGCACUUCUAACAGCCGUCUGUACGACACUAGUUGGCCAAGCAGUCAGUCGCCUUAUUCAAUCGAUCGCGCAACCCGGCACGUGGGCUCCGCAAGACGAAGUGGUUUACUUCCUCAUAUCGAUCCUGGCAUACGGCUCGCUCGUUCUUGGAGUAGCAGAGAAUACUCAACCGAUAUGGCACCCCUACCUUGGAUCAUUUUUCGUCGGUGGCGCGUUCGAAGUUGCCAUCACAACCCUCGAGGCUCUCGUGCAUGGCGCCCAGAACGACUUCGAAUUUACUCGACUGGCACUACAGUCCGUUCGGACCGUUCUUUUGGUUGUUCUUUGUCUGCUCGGAAGCUGGUAUGCGCUGCAGGAUCGACUUGACCAUUCCAAUCAUCUAGACGAAGCUGAACCUUUAAUCUCGAACGGGGGCCCGACACCCGCAAAGUCCUACGGAGCAGUGCCAGAGCAAGAUGACGAUGAAGCAACAAGUGACAUAGAUUCUGACUCGGACGAACCGAACGAGACCCGAGAGCUCAGGAAGAAGCAGCGCAAACGUGUCGAAGAGAAAGGGAGUUGGAUCGCAUACCUGAAAGAGUUCAAAGUGUUCCUGCCAAUGCUGUGGCCUUCAAGAGAUAGAAUUGUGCAAGCUUGCCUCGCAGCAAUUGGAGCUGUCCUCGUCGCCGAACGCUUCCUGAACGUGCUCGUUCCACGGUACCUAGGAUUCAUCACGGACGAUCUCAACGAAGGCAACGGAGUCUUCCCUGCGCACACUGUCGCACUCUGGAUGCUAUUCUCAUAUCUCAACUCCUCGGCAGGGCUCAGUGUGGUUAAAUCGCUCGCUGAGCUACCAGUACAGCAAUUCGCUUACAAGAGCAUUGGUGCCACGUCCUUUGCUCACAUUAUGGGCCUGUCAAUGGAUUUUCACAACGAGAAGAACAGCGGAGAGCUCAUCCGUGCCUGCGACCAAGGACAGAACCUUCAAGGCCUGCUCGAGUUUGCGCUCUUCCAGAUUGCACCGAUGUUCAUCGACUUGCUCAUAGCAUUCGUCUACGUUUACCUCCUCUUCGACGUGUACAUGUCCUGCAUCCUGGGCUUCGUCGGCAUUGCAUACAUCUGGGUCGGCGCCAAAACAACAGGCUGGAGUGUGCGUCGGAGGAGGAGGUUUAAUACUGCCUGGCGGAACGAAUCGAAGGUCCAGAAUGAAGCAAUCAACAACUGGCAAACAGUCUCACAUUUCAACCGGGGAGCGUACGAAUGCGACAGGUACAGCAAAUCCAUUGAUGAGUUCAACAAAGCCGAGAUGGGCUACUUCAUCUCAUACUUCAUCGGUGGGGGUGUGCAGUCGCUGAUAAUGGUUAUCGGGAGACUUGCUGCAUCAUUCUGGGCCAUCUACAAAGUAUCGCGAGGAGAGGUGAAAGUCGGCAAUUUCAUCACAUUGAUCACCUACUGGCGAUCGAUCGAGUCGCCUCUUAUGCAGGUCUCAUGGAGUAUCAGGCGAGUCACGCAGAUGCUGACGGAUUCCGAACGACUGUUGCAACUCUUCCAAACGGAGCCGAGCGUCAAGGACAUCCCGGACGCAGCCGACAUUGUCAUCAAGAGCGGCGAGGUAGUUUUCGAAGAUGUGGACUUUGCAUACGACGUUCGAAAGUCAACGCUGAAGAGCGUCACCUUCACAGCAAAACCCGGACAGACUGUCGCUUUGGUCGGCGAGACAGGAGGUGGCAAGUCAACCAUCUUGAAGCUGCUUUACCGCUACUACGAUGUAUCCGCUGGUUCAAUUCGGAUCGACGGACAAGACAUCCGCGAAGUGACGCUCGACAGCUUGCGGGACUCGUUCGGCAUGGUCCCACAAGAUCCGGCGCUCUUCAACAUCUCGAUUAUGGAGAACGUGCGGUAUGCCCGUCUGGACGCUACCGACGAAGAAGUCAAAGAUGCUUGCCGAGCAGCUGCGAUCCACGACAAGAUUGAAGGCUUCCCGGAUGGCUACAAGUCGACGGUCGGUGAGCGUGGUGUGAAGCUGUCUGGUGGCGAACUGCAGCGUGUCUCCAUUGCUCGCGCCAUUCUGCGGCAGCCGAAGAUUGUCUUGCUGGAUGAGGCCACCUCCAUGAUCGACGCCGAGACGGAGGCCGUCAUCCAGCAGGCCUUUAGAAGAUUGACCUCGGACCGCACAACCUUUAUCAUAGCUCACAGGCUGUCCACCAUCCAGCACGCGGAUUUGAUACUAGUAAUCCAGGAUGGGAAGGUGAUCGAGCGCGGUACACAUGAUGAGCUCUUCCAAAUGGAUGGCAAGUAUGUGGCGCUGUGGUCGCGGCAACUGAGCAAGGACGUCAAGACUGUUGGAACGACGCUGCAUGUGGAUCAGGCGGAUCCAGCGCAGUUGAAUAUGGGGUCGGAGUCUACCAGAGGUGGCGCAGACGAAUAG